AUGUUAAGCAAAGAACAACAGGUUUUUUUCCGUAACGAAGUGUUGAGCAAUCUGGAUAUUGAAAAACUCGACGAAAUCCAGAGCGAAUACGGCAAAUUGGUUGACGAACUGGUGCAGAUUGUUUAUCAGGUCAGCAAUCAGCACGGUCACUACCUUACCGCCCUGUGGUAUCAACGCAGAGUACUGAUCAUCGCUGAUGAAAUCACCGGUUACGGUCCGCUACGGGAAUUAAUGGAAGAUGACACGGUUAACGAUAUUCUGGUGAACGGCCCGAACGACGUGUGGGUUGAACGCGCCGGUAUUCUGGAAAAAACCGAUAAACAAUUUAUUAAUAACGAACAGCUUACGGAUAUUGCCAAACGAUUGGUGGCACGAGUCGGACGACGCAUCGACGACGGUUCGCCGCUAGUGGACUCCCGCUUGCCGGACGGUAGCCGUCUCAAUGUUGUGGUACCGCCUAUCGCCUUAGACGGAACCUCUAUUUCCAUCCGUAAAUUCAGCAAAAAUAAGAAAUCUUUACAGGAAUUAGUGAAUUUCGGAUCCAUGACGCUGGAAAUGGCGAAUUUUCUGAUUAUCGCCGCCCGCUCCCGGGUAAACAUAAUCGUUUCCGGCGGGACGGGUUCGGGUAAAACCACUUUAUUAAACGCUUUAUCCAAUUAUAUUUCCCAUACGGAACGAGUGAUUACUUUAGAAGAUACGGCGGAAUUACGUUUAGAGCAGCCUCAUGUGGUGCGUCUGGAAACCCGUAUUGCCGGGGUCGAGCGAACCGGCGCCGUUACCAUGCAGGAUUUGGUGAUUAAUGCGCUGCGUAUGCGUCCCGAGCGGAUUAUUGUGGGGGAAUGUCGCGGUGCGGAAGCGUUCCAAAUGCUACAAGCGAUGAAUACCGGCCAUGACGGUUCAAUGUCUACCCUGCACGCCAACAGCCCGCGCGACGCCACUUCCCGUCUGGAAAGUAUGGUGAUGAUGUCGAACGCGUCAUUACCCUUGGAAGCGAUUCGACGCAAUAUCGCCGCCGCGGUAAAUAUUAUUGUGCAGGCUUCCCGCUUAAAUGACGGUUCGAGAAAAAUCACCAAUAUUACGGAAAUUAUGGGAAUGGAAAGCGGACAUAUCGUCCUGCAGGAUAUUUUUACUUAUCAGCCGAGCAAAUACCGUGAUGAAAACGGGAAAAUCAUCGCCGUAUUUAUUUUCCUUUUCCUGACUAUCGUAUGGAAACUGGGACAACGGCGGAACAGAAAGGAAUUUGAAGAAAUGUUUCCCGAAGUGAUUCAGAUUCUUAACUCCGCAACUUCCUCCGGCGCCGGCUUAUUGCAAGCGCUGGAACGCUGCGGUAAAGACAUUAGCGGACAGAUCGGGGAAGAAUUUACCAACGUUCAUAAACGUCUGGCCAUCGGCGAGGAUCCGACUUCGGUGUUUGAAGACAGUUACACCCGUUAUCCUUAUAAAGAAUAUUAUUUCUUUAUCACUAUUAUUCGGGUAAAUCUGGAUAAAGGCGGACAAAUGCGGGAAGUCAUCAUGCGUUUGGGACGAGUUAUUGCGGACAGCAAAAAAAUGGAAAAAAAGAAAAGCGCAAUGACUUCCGAAGCCAGAAUGUCGGCAAUGAUUGUGGCAUCGUUUCCCGUGGCAUUCUUUAUUUUCAUGAAAUUUAUGAUGCCGGAAAAUUUUGAUUUUUUAUUAAACGAUCCGGGCGGGCGGAUGAUUUUGUAUUACGUAUUAGGCAGUGAAGUACUGGGCAUGCUGAUUAUCUGGUGGUUAAUGAGGAAAGCGACAUGA